AUGACCGAAGAUGCCAGAUUUUUAAAAAGAAAGAUUCGAGGCGGGUCAGUAGACGUUCAUCCAACUGAAAAGGCCUUAAUUGUGCAUUAUGAAACGGAGGCGACAAUUAUUGGCGAACAUGGCAACCCCGUGAUUGGCGACCGCAGAGAAGGCCAAAAAAUAAUUCGUGUCAGAAACCUAAAUCAUAAAACAGACCUAAAGGAACUUGCUUUGAAAAUUGUUGACAGCUGCGAACUUAUCGCCAAGUCGAAGCUGUCGCAUAUUGAGCACUUACUGCGGUACCUAUUGAAUCGCAAGGAACCAACCAGCCCAAAAACCAAAUCAGUUCCAGCUUCGGAAAAUCUGGCUGAUCCUGGAGCUUUUGAUUCCACAGAGAUUGAGGAAAUCGCUCACCUUACUGAUCUUGAUGAAUAUCUAGAACUACUGUAUGAGGACAUCCCUGAUAAGCUUCGUGCAUCUGCGCUUGUGUUGCAACUGGCUCGUAACCCAGACAACCUGGAGGAAUUGUUUCAAAACGAGACGGUGAUUGGUGCCCUCGCGCGUGUCCUACGGGAAGACUGGAAGAAAAGCACAGAUCUUGCUACCAAUAUCACCUACAUUUUUUUCUGCUUUUCUUCGUUCUCCAACUUUCAUGGAGUGAUCCUGCACUUCAAAAUUGGCACCCUAACAAUGUCCAUAAUUGAACACGAACUGCAGAAAUACGACAUUUGGAAGGAGGAAUUGGAGACAAAGAAAGCGAAACUUGCUUGUUUGGAGCGAACGGGAGAUGUGGCAGCGCGGAAAGAGAUGGAAAGCUCUUAUCAGGCCAGCCUGUCAAAAUUCACCGUCCUUAAGCGCAAGCAAGAGCAGCUUUUUCGCGUAUCCUUCUAUCUUCUACUGAAUAUCAGUGAGGAUUUAAACGUUGAAUUUAAGAUGCAAAACAAAGGCAUAGUUCCUAUGCUUUGCCGAUGCUUGGAUCGGGAUAAUUUUCAACUGCUGAUUUUAAUUGUUUCGUUUUUAAAGAAACUGAGCAUUUUUAACGAAAACAAGGAUGCUAUGCUUAUAAACAACGUCAUUGAACGUGUGGCGAAGAUCCUGUCAAGGCCUGAAAGUGAUAUUGUCAAUGUGGCUCUAAGACUUUUGUUCAAUCUGAGUUUCGAUGCAAAUUUGAGGAAGGAGAUGGUUACGAAGGGGCUCAUUACAAAGCUGGUUGAUCUGCUGGCCAUUGAGGAGCAUCAACAGACUGUUCUAUACAUCCUGUAUCACUUGAGCACAGAAGAUCAAUUCAAAACCGAAUUUGCCAACCUUCACGUCAUAUCGGCCCUGAUGAAAGUAGCUCUAGCCAUCCCAAACAGGCUGACAGAUUUAGUUCCCAUGGCUCUGGUAAUCAACCUUGCAUGUGAUCCGAAAUGUGCUCUGCUCCUUAAUGAGAGCAAAGGGAUCCGAUUGCUGAUGAGGCGAGCGCUGAAGAUGCGCGAUCCGCUUUUGAUGAAACUGCUUCGCAAUAUGUCUCAGUACAACGAUGAACUGAAGGUGAAAUUCAUAGACUACGUACCGGAGCUCGUGAAAGUGGUAACUGCUGAAGAGUCGGAUAAGGGCCGAUCAGAGGAGCGUCGUAAGACUAAUUGGAAUCCCGUCGCGGAAGCCGAGCUAUUCGCGCGUGCAACAACCAAGGACGCUGGAUUUAGGGUACGAUUGUCGACUGCGGAAAAAAUGAGACGUGCACCCAUGGGCUGGACCGGACUCAGAAAUACAUGUGGCCCAAGUGGUCUGAGCCACGAUGAGAGCAUUUCGUCAGCUGAAAACACAAAUGGCUCAGAUCUCGAUGAUACUGAUGAUGAGAGCGACUUUCAGUCAAAAGAUGAAGAUUUUGUGCUCGAAUGUUUAGGAUGUUUAGCAAAUUUGAAUGUAAAAGAACUUGAUUUUGGCCUGUUGUUGACGGAGUUGAAGUUGCUGGAAUGGAUCAAAAAGAAACUUUCCUCUUUGGGACAUAAAAGUGGAACUGAAUCAGCAGCUUAUGUCGUACAAAACGUCUCAUUACACAAUGAUGAUGAUGUAUUACUCGAGACGCUCAGGUUCAUUGGUGCGGCAUGUCAAGAUGAAACAGCCGCUAGGCUCCUCAGUGAUACUGCAUUGAUUGCGCAGCUGAUUGAAAUACUCAACGCGAAGCAAGAAGAUGACGAAAUAGCCUGCCAAAUCAUUCACGUUUUCUACCAACUAAUUCUUCACAGAUCAGUCAUCGAAAAGAUUGUGAAAUCAACUCAAGUACCGGCUUAUUUGAUUGACCUGAUGCACGAUAAAAAUCAGGAAAUUCGGCGCAUCUGUGAUCUCUCCCUGGAUAUUAUCUCCGAAUAUGAUGAAAACUGGGGUGCUCACGUGAAAGCUGAACGUUUUCGUUGGCACAACAACCAGUGGUUAGAAAUGAUUGAAUCUGCUUCACAACCGACAGUAAUCCUCAAAGAUCCAACCACAGAAGCAGUGAUGGCGGCUGCACUAUCGACGGGUCACGCUCGAGCACAAUACCGCAGGAGCAUAUGCCAGACGGAAGAGCCUCCUUUACUAUCGGAAGAAGACCACUGUGGGAACUUUGGCUUUGGACUGGGCAUCGACGACGCGGCAGCAUUUCUCAUGUCAUUGCAAGCUAGCGAUGGGGAGGGCAAAGGCACAGCUGAAUCCGAACGAUCUUUUGGUCUUACUACUGACGAUGUUGACUACGUGAAUCAUUUGGAAUCAAUGUAUCCAGAAAUGUACAGAGACAAGCAUUUCACCGGCUCAGGGCUGAACAGUCCCACACCAACGGAUACCAGCAGCCUCGACUCGGAUACGGAUCGGACUCCGGUGGAAUUUAACACAAUCCGUCCACGAUUGGUGUCCUAUCAAUGAAGAAGCGCCCAAUUCGAAAACUCCAAACAUUGAGAUUUUCGUUUGUGUUCCCUAGUACCUGUAAAACAUAUUUUCGACAAUUCAUCUCUUCGUUCGUAAAAUGUUUGCAUAUGAAUUCUUCAACAUAUCAAAGACGAAUUCACUUUAUUUUAGCCUACUUUGGGUAGCUUCUAGUUGUUAUUUAGCAUUAUCCUAUGUUUUGCUGAUGGAUUAAUACUGCAUACUUAUCACAACUGUCGCAGGGUCUUAAUGGACCAAUAAUGUUUUUUAGCUUCUUCAAAUUUACUGUUGUGUCGAUA